UAGUGGGUGAAGUCCAUCUAGAAACCACAUCUAUGUGCUUUGCCCACUUGAACUUUAUCUGCCUAUAAUCUAAGGAAUUCCAUUCAUGUUGAGAGAAGCAAUGGAGGCACAAUUUGUUGGCGAAAGUGAGGGUCUAACAUUCUGGCUGGCCAGACCACAAGACUAUGAGGAGGUGAUGGCCAUCUCACAUGACAUCUACCAGGGCAAUGACUACCUUCCACAUCGUUAUCACACUUGGAUGACUGAACAUGACAGAGUGGUCAUAAUUGGCAGGAAAAAUGGAAAGCUGGUAGCACUGGACUCUGCACUGGUGGUUGAUGGAGGGCAAACAGUGGUGUUGGAGGGAUUAAGGGUGUGUCCUAGUGAAAGAGGACAAGGAGUGGCUGGAGUUAUCCAGAGAGUGACCGACAGCUACAUCAAGCAGGUUUACCCAAGUGUAACAACCAAACGGCUUACAAGAAGAGAUAACCCAGGACCUGAAAAACUCUCCAAGUUUACUUUUCUGGCUUGCCGGGCUAUUCUGUCUUUAUGUGGAGAGGCUGAGAGUUUUAAAGAUUUUGUCUUAGGCCUGAAAUCAAAACAAGAAAGGAUGGAGAAAUCAAAUGGGCCAAACAACAACCAAAAACUAUUUGUUCUGAAGGAUAGCCAUCAACUUAGGGCUCUACUCUUGGACCCAGAUCUUUCCUUGAGACUUCAGCUUCCUGGAGGUGCCAUCAUCCAAGACUGGCAACCUCUGAAACCAAUGGAAAGCAACCUGGAAAUUUUAGAAAGGCGAAACCUAACUUGGUUGGUUGACUCUUUUAAUGAAAAACCAAUGUUUAUGAGCUUCCACACACCACUGUAUCCUGUUCCAUUUAGCGGAGGUUCUUUGUUGUUCAACAUAGACAUGUUUGGUACUGAUGUGUUCACAGCAAGGAAGGCACUAAUAGCACAUUUAGAGCAAGUACUUGAGGAGAUUCAUGGCACUGUCGUCGUACAUAUUUACAUGCCCAAAACCUUUUGGGAAGACAUAAGACAGUUUUGUAAUGGAGAUGAGGGAGUAAAGCAAUAUACUGAUUAUGGGGAGCAACUAUUUCUGGAGAAAGAGAUGUUAUAAUUUGUGAGAUACCAUAUUUGUAUCAUCCAGAAUAGACAGAACUGUGUUACAUCUUUAACAAAUGCAAUUCAUUGAUUUCUAGACUGCUAUGUUGAUUUACUUUAAUUUAAUUUAUCUGGAACACAGUUGUGCAGUACCUACAGUACAUUAAUGUAAACAAAGAGUUGUAUUUGUCAUUGUAAAAGUGUUUACAAAAUUACUAAUGUCACUAUUCGGUUCCACUAGUUUUUAUUUAUUACUAAAUACUGUUUAAAAAGCAUAACCACACAAUUCUAAUGCAGAAUAUUGUAUAUGAAUUAAAUAAAUAGAAAUCUAUUGUGCAUUUUAUUGUCAUGUACUAACACUAAGAAAUAGUAAGCCCAUUUGGCUUCAAAAAUUUCAUAAUCUAAAAGAAGCUUCUCAGUUGUUAGUUGUCCACUGAGAAGCUAUGGAGGCACAAUUUGUAGGAGAAAGUGAGGGUGUAACAUUCUGGCUGGCAAGACCACAAGACUGUGAGGAGGUGGAUGGCCACAGGACAUCUACCAGGGCAAUGAUUACGUUCCACUUUGUUAUCACACUUGAAUGACUGAGUGUGACAGAUAAUUAGCAAGAGAAAUGGGAAG